CACCCACGUUGUGACGUUAGGUCCUCCUUUUAAACGGCAAGGUGAGGGUGUGGGAGAAAGAUUGAAUAAGGAUUUUAUCUAAAGCGACUCGACCUCAUUCACACUCUCGUUCAUCAAACAGCAUCAUCAAACACAUCUGCCUCAGCGGGAUAUAAAACUUUCCCAUUAGCAGCUGCUGACAGCAGUGGAUCUCAGGUGAUCAGGAAAUAUCGUGUGUUCCUCCUGCCAUGGCCCGGCGAAUAUCGCCUGCUGUCGCUUUUCUCUUUUGUUUUGGAUUAUCGUAUGUGUUUGAGGCCGAAGCCAGAUUCCAACACUCUGCGGCCCUCCACAGGCAGAAGAGAGAAUGGAUCGUCCCUCCCCAAAUCCUAGAAGAGAAUAUUGAUUACACCAAGAGAGAUUUCAUUGCAAAAAUUCGCUCAGACAAGGAAGACACCCAAAUAAAAAAUUUGAGGUACUCCCUAAAGGGCGUCGGUGCAGACAAGGAUCCGUUCAAUUUAUUUGUGGUGAAUCCUGAAACAGGAUUUGUAAGAGUAACGGGAAUCCUCGACAGAGAGUCCAUUGCACAAUACAAUCUUACAGGGGUUGCUACGUUCACAAAUGGCACAAUUGCAGAGAAUGACAUUGGGCUAAGGAUAAGAGUGAAGGAUCAGAAUGACAAUCCUCCUGUUUUUGGUCCGAUGACUGCAGGGGAUGUAUACGAACUCAGUGCAGUAGAUACAGCAGUGAUGAAGAUCAAUUGCUUUGAUGCUGAUGAGCCAGGAAACCUAAACUCUCAAAUCAAGUAUGAAAUUGUGGAGCAGCAACCAGAUGGGCAGAGCAUGUUUAGAGUUGACAAUGACGGGACAGUCCGUGUUAACAAUCCUAAUCUGGAUAGAGAGACUAUUGAUCAGUAUGUCCUGCUUGUCAAAGCGUCUGAUCUGAAUGGUGGCGCAGGCGGCAAUGCCGCCACAGGGACAGUCACCAUCAAGAUCAACGACGUCAAUGAUAAUGUGCCGACAUUGGAGGGCCCAUUUGAGGGCAGUAUCGAGGAAAAUACAGAGAACGUGGAGGUGAUGAGAUUCCAAGCAAAAGACCUGGAUCUCGAGAACACAGACAACUGGACAGCCAAUUGCUAUAUUGCAUCAGGCAAUGAGGCUGGAUACUUCAGCAUUAAAAUGGACCCAAAGACCAAUGAAGCAAUCCUGAUGCUUGACAAGGCUGUUGAUUAUGAGGACGUCAAAGACCUGAACCUUGGCAUCGGUGUAGUCAACAAAGCUCCAUUCUACUCCACUGUAACUGGAACACAACAAGGAGCAAAUGUUCAGUUUGGGGGCAGCGGUGCAGGAGGAGGAGGAGGAGGAGGUGGUGGAGGAGGAGGAGGAGGAGGAGGAGGUGGAGGUGGUGGCAGCUGGACCAAUUUGAGUGGCAGUGGAGGUGGAGGUGGAGGUGCAGGCAGCAGUUCAGGCGGUUCGCUCUACAACGUGAAGGUAAACGUGAAAAACCAACCGGAAGGACCCAAGUUUGUUCCCCAAACAAAAGCCAUCCCCAUAUCAGAAGGCAAGACUUUUGACAGCAAUGAGAUCAUCACGAGGUACCCGGCUAUUGAUUCAGACACAGGAAAGGAAGCUACCAACGUAAAGUAUAUUAAGGCAUCUGACCCAGAUAACUGGCUGAGAAUCGAUGAGAAAACAGGGGCCGUUCGCCUGAACAAGGCUCCUGACCGCGAGUCCAAGUAUCUAGUUAACGGCACCUACUACGCCACUGUUUACAGCGUAACUCAAGACUUGCCUUCUAAGACGGCAACGGGCACCGUUGCCAUCCAGGUAGAGGAUUUUAAUGACCACUGCCCUACUUUGAAAAGCAAAGUCCAGACACUUUGCACUGACAAGGACGCGGUCUUAGUCACUGCAGUGGAUGACGAUGCACCACCCAAUGGAGCUCCAUUUACCUUCAAUGUUGUCCCAGAAGGAACUAAGGGGAAAUGGUCUAUCGAGCAUUUAAAUGAUACCACUGCCAUCUUCAGGACCCAGGAAAAGCUGUGGCCGGGAGAACAUGAGCUGACGGUGGAGGUUAAGGACCAGCAGGGGUUGGGAUGUCCAGAACCUCAGAAAAUAGUGGUGGAAGUGUGUACCUGUACAACCCAGGGGGGUUGUGACCGAACUGGAACGGGAACGGUUAAGAAGGGGUCAAAAUUUGGAGCUGCUGGAAUCGGCCUGCUCUUCCUUGGAUUGCUUUCAUUACUGCUCAUCCCACUACUGUUGCUGUUCUGUCAGUGUGGAGCUGCUGGGAUGCUAGGAGGUUUUAGAGACAUGCCCUAUGACACUAAAGAGCAUCUCAUCGCAUACCAUACUGAGGGCCAGGGAGAGGACAGGGAUUUUCCUGAUAUGAAUGUUCCGAUGACUGGUGGUAUGUCCAAAAAUGUGGGUGGAAUGCGUGGUCAAGGUGGUCAAGCAACAACAGGAGGCAACUUUGAUUCCAAUUCCAUGGUUGGUGUUCGUGGCUACAAUGAAUUUAAUAUGGACUACGUAGACUCGAUGAGGAGAAAUGAUUAUAAUAUGGAAAUGGCUGGCGAUUUUGACGGAAUGGCUGUGUCAGAAAGGUUCCUGGAUGAUUACUAUGCACAGAAAAGCAGAGGAAUGGAGGAUGGAUUUGCUAAGAAUGAACCCAUGGUGUACGGUUAUGAGGGCAAGGGCUCCCCUGUCGGCUCUGUCGGCUGCUGCAGCAUUCUCGAAGAAAACAAUGACCUAGAGUUUCUGAAUGACCUGGGGCCAAAGUUCACCACACUCGCUGAUAUAUGCGGAGGUAGGAAGACUGAGGUCUCCGCUCCUCUUCCUCCCCCGCCAAAACCCGUCGUGGAUCGCACCGAGGUGGCGUCUUCAUCAACCAAUGUUAUAAAUACAGGGAAUAUAGCCACUAACCGAGAUCUAUCUACAAAUUCAAUGAACAUAACUUCCAACAUGGCUGCGACAUCAUCAUCAUCUCGUGUGGAGAACGUGCUUGUUACAGACAACCGGCCCACGGUGAUUACGAGUGUCCAGCCGGCUCCAACGUACCUGAUGCAACCGCAGCAGAUGUACUACAUGGUCGAGCCGCAGCCCAGCACGGUACUGCUCGCUGAAAGGCCCAACAUAGGAGUCGGACAGAACAUGUACGUGCUGAACAGCGGCCCAGUAGCCGAGGGGGUUGUAGUCCAAGGCACCAACAUAGCGUCGAAUACCCUGAAUCGUGGUGAGAGAAUGGUGCUUGUGGACAGGGGUGGUCCUGCUCAGGCUCUCAACACCGGAAUGCUGCACACAAGUAAUCUCUCUGGAUCACAAUUGAUUCUGGUGGAUGGGGGAGCCUCAAGCGGUCAAGUCCUUCAGGGGACACUUCAGAGAGGGCUAGCUGGAUCUCAGGGCCUGCUGGUCAUGGAAGGACAAGGGGGCCACGUGAUUCAGGGGUCGCUCAAAAAAGGUGUUUCCACUCAUGGUGGAUCUCAAAAUGUCUAUUAUAUGGAGAAUAAAGGGGGAUCAGGUAUGGCCCAGGGGGGUCAUCAAAUGGGCAUGGCGUCCGCAACAGAGUCCUUUAUUGGUAACGCUGGAUUCGGUGGGUCAUCUGUCCAGAUUAACCAAAAUCCAUCGUCACAUAAAGUUGUUGUCCAGGAGAGAAAGGUUACGACAACAAAAAGUAUCAAGUUUGUUUUAAAAUCAUGGAUCCUGAGCACAGGAGAUUGCUGGAAAGUUCCACAGAAGCAGCGUCAUAAAAGGGAAUGGAUUGUACCUAGCAAAAAGAUUAUAGAAAAUGUGGACUACAGCAAUGAGCCCUUCGUCAGCAGGAUGAGAUCAGACUUGGACGAGAAAGUGCCGCUACGCUACACUUUAAGGGGCCCAGGAGCUGACGAGCCCCCAGUUGGUCAAUUCAUAGUAAACGAGUUCAAAGGGUUUGUUCGCGUCAUACGGCCUCUGGAUCGUGAGGAGAGAGAAAACUACACACUUAUUGGCACUGCAUGGUUCUUUAACAACACCAUAGCUGAAGAUAAUAUUAAAGUAAACAUCGCCGUGGAGGACCAGAAUGAUAACCCACCAGUUUUCAACAAGCCAGAACGAAGCAGAGUUUAUGAGGGGUGUGCAGUUGGAACUUUUGUAACGCAGGUUGUGGCAAAAGAUGCAGAUAAGGCAUACACUCGCCACAGUGAAAUAGCAUACACCUUAAUCAAACAAGAGCCGAAUGAUGGCCAGCUAUUCUUUGCUGUGGAUAAAGACAAUGGAACAAUCUCUGUGAACAACCCAUCACUCGACAGAGAGGAACACAGCUUUUAUGUUCUUACGGUGCAAGCUGCUGACAUGUAUGGAAGUGCUGGAGGAAAUUCUGCAACAGCUUCUUUAACUAUAGACAUCCUGGAUGUUAAUGACAAUAUUCCUACUUUGGAGAAGGAUGAGUUUUCCGCAAGUAUUGAUGAGAAUGUGGCACCCAUUGAGGUUUUAAGGAUCCAGGCACUGGACCACGAUGAAGAUUGGACAGACAAUUGGUUGGCCGUAUUUGAAAUAGUGUCUGGAAACGAGGAUGGACGUUUCGCUAUUGAAACUGAUCCGAAGACAAAUAUGGGUAUUUUGUACCUGAACAAGCCUGCAGACUUUGAGUCAGCAUCUGAUAUGAACCUGAACCUAGCUGUUAAAAACAAAGCGUAUCCAGGAGCACCGCUAGGGAGUGGAUCAGGAGCCAGUGGUCAAUCUGGAGCUUCUGGAGCCAGUGGUCAAUCUGUGGCUUUUGGAGGCAGUGGUCAAUCUGGAGCUUCAGGAGGCAGUGGUCAAUCUGGAGCUUCAGGAGGCAGUGGUCAAUCUGGAACUUCUGGAGGCAGUGGUCAAUCUGGAGCUUCAGGAGGCAGUAGUCAAUCUGGAACUUUUGGAGGCAGUGGUCAAACUGUGUUUUUUUCCAGCGUGUCCAAACAAAAGCCAUACUCAGUGAAGAUCAGUGUGAAAAACAAACCAGAACCCCCAAAGUUCCGUCCAAAGGUCAAGCCUAUAUCUGUAUCUGAAAACACCAAAGGUUCUAUUUCAAAAGUAAUUGACAUCUACCCUGCUGUAGAAGAGGGCACAGGGAAACCAGCAGAAAAUGUCAAAUAUGCAAAAGGAUAUGACCCUGACAACUGGAUUUCUAUAAAUCCGGACACUGCUGAGAUCAAACUCAACAAGUUACCAGAUCGUGAGUCUCCAUAUGUGGUAAAUGGGACCUACUAUGCCAAGAUCCUCAGCAUUACAAAUGAGCCGCACCCUCAGACGUCUACGGGGACUAUAGCCUUGCAGGUGGAGGACCUGAAUGAUAACUGCCCCAAACUCCUUGGUAAUGUGCAGACUGUCUGCAGUGAUACCAAAGUAGUGAAUGUCACAGCAGAAGAUAGUGAUUCAUAUCCCAAUGGAGCUCCACUGAAGUUCAAUUUGAUACAAGAGAAGACAAAAGGCAAAUGGAACUUGCAGACAAUAAAUGAUGCAAGUGCUUCACUGCUCAGUCAAGAAGACUUAUGGCCUGGCUUUUACCAAGUCACCAUGGAGAUCAGUGACAUGCAAGGACUGGCCUGCCCCGACGAGCAAGUCCUCAAUUUAGAAGUUUGUACCUGCUCUGAAGGCACGGUUUGCGGUGCAAAAAUGGCAGCAGCAGCAGCAGGAGGACACACUACAUCAGCCACUUUUGGAGCGCCAGGAAUUACUUUCCUGUUUCUAGGAUUCAUCUGCCUCAUCUUGCUGCUCAUGGUCGUAAUAAAAUGUGAAUGUGGGAGUGCUGGAAUAGGUUUUACUGACAUCCCAUUUGAAACAAAGCAACACAUCAUCUCCUAUAGCAUAGAGGGAAUAGGUGAAGACAGGGAUGUUCCUCUGUUGAGAACCCAGCCAAUCCACAACAAUGGAUGGGAUGAUAAAAUAAUAAAAACCCGAAAACCUUCAGGAAUAGUGGAAGCUAUGAACUAUAAAACCCCAAUGGAUGAAAUUCAUGUCCAGCAAUCAAACCAACUCUAUAAUGGUUCUAAAAUGGUAGGGGCGAUGCAGGAAGGUGCAUUUGGAGGUUUUUACUGUGAUACUGACGGAGCAGAUAAGGAAAACUCUGCCAGUUGUCAAGGAGAGCAUGAUGUGGUGUUUGGUGUAUUCCUAAAAGAAUACUACACGCAAAAAUCUAGGUUUUUAGAAAAGCAUGCUUCUCCAGAGGAAAUGUUGAAGAAGUUCGAUUAUGAGGGUGAAGGAUCUGUUGCUGGUUCUUUUGACAACUGCAGCUUCAACGAGUCCAAUGAUGACCUGGAGUUCUUAAACAACAACCUGGGUUUUAAGUUCAACACCUUGGCUGAGGUUUGUGGAUUUAGACAGACUCAAUCUAUGUCUCAGGCUGACCCACAGGUUAUUGGAAGUUCUGUAGAGACAACACCAACCACAACUGAAUUUACUGCAGUAUCUUCCGAUCACAUGACUGACACUGUCCAACCCAGUACAACACCAACCACAACUGCAUUUACAGCAGUAUCUUCCGAUCACAUGACUGACACUGUCCAACCCAGUCCUGUGGAGAUAACUGUCAAGUCCCCACUUGUCCAACCUACACCUAGUCAUGGGAUGGUCAUACAGGAGCCUAUGUACUUCAGGUUCGAGCAGCCAAUGCAAAGCAAUGUUUUUCUGUCUGAGGGUGGACAUGGGCAAGGUUUUUACAUAAUUAAUGGCACUCCAGAAGCUGACGUAUUUCUGACUCAAGGUAAUGGCCAUGCACAUUUAGGUAGUGGACAGCAGGGCAUCAUUGGUGAUUCUGUCUUGUGUUCUCAAAUUGGACAUGUGGGAUCGGUUGUAUCUGGAGAGAGCGGGCAGGGUAGAGUAAUUAGAGUCGGUAGUCUAGGUUCAAAUCAUCCCAUGAGCCCUCAACCACUUUACCAAGUGAGUUCUCCAGAGUGGAGCAGGCCAGUACAUAUUAACCAAAGAGUAAUUGAUGGCUCCUUUUCCAGUGCACAGAAUGAUGGACAAGGGACAGUAACAAUUCUAGAGAGUCUUGUCGAUGGAGGUAAUGUUUUAGUAGGAGACUCUGAAACUGUAGUAAGAAUGCCUCAAAUUGCAAAUGGUCAAGUAAACGGCCAACGAUUAUUGAGUCCUCCUUUCUCAAAUGCUCUGAAUUUUGCAUCAGGAGAAGGUGUAGUGAACAGACUAUUGGUUGCUGGUCCUCCUAUUGCAGAGGGACAUGUCAAUGGAGGUAACUUAUUGGUUGCAGAACCAGGCCAGUAUCCUGUGUCUAUGAGUGCAGGUACUACAAGCCUAGUGAGCUUGCCUCACAUUUCUACUGGACAGGUAAAUAACAGUCAGCUAUUAGUAAGUGGUCCCUUCUCGAGUGUUCAGAACAUUGUAUCAGGGGAAAGUGGACAGAGUAAACCAUUGGUUAAUGGUCCCAUUCAGCAUCCACUUGCCAUGAGUCCAGGAGCACAUAGUCCUGUAGGAUUGCCUCAGGUAGCAAACAGACAGUUAUUCCGCUCUGCAGUGUCCAGAGUUAAAUCCAUAAGAUCCAAAGGACAUGUAGCAAAUGGGCACCUGAAUGUUCAGGAGUCUGUCAUGUCUCCCAUUUGGCUUGGACGAAUAUGUUUGGUCCUGCUGCUAUGCAGGAUAGUGGAAUCAAGAGCCAACAGAAGAUCUAAUCGAAGGAAACGAGAGUGGAUUCUUCCACCAACAAGACUGUAUGAGAAUGUUGACUACACAAAAGCGGAGUAUGUGGCAAAAAUCCGGUCUGAUAAAGAUAUUAACUGGCAGAUGGUUGAAUAUGGACUAACAGGUCAUGGUGCUGACAAGCCACCAUAUAAUUUGUUUGUAAUCAAUCCAGAGAAUGGCUUUGUUACGGUCACCGGUCUGCUGGAUAGAGAGAAAACAUCCUUAUACAACCUGACUGGCAUAGCACGAUUUCGUAACGGAUCAAUAGCUGAAGAAAACAUUGAGCUGAAGAUUAAAGUUGAGGAUCAGAAUGAUAACUCACCCAUAUUCAAAUUACAAAAGGGAUCUGUGAAAGAAAGUAGCAAGAUUGGAACGCCUGUUACGCAGAUAACAGCGACUGAUGCGGACGAGCCAGGCACUAUCAAUUCCAAGAUAGCAUACAGUAUAAUAAAACAAACACCAGCAGAAUCCAAAUAUAUGUUCUCCAUUGAUAAAGCGACCGGGAAAGUCUAUGUGAAAGAGAAAACCCUGGAUCGAGAGAGACACGACACAUAUACUUUAAUAGUUCAGGGAGUUGAUAUGAAUGGAGCUCCAUCUGGCAACACAGGAACAGGCACUGUGCAAAUUCAUAUUUUGGACAUAAACGACAAUGUUCCCACUCUUGAGAAAGAACAUUAUUCAGGCAGUGUUGAUGAAGGUGUGACAGAUGUGGUUGUCAUGAGAAUUAAAGCCCUGGACAAGGAUCUGAAAUUCACUGAUAACUGGCUGGCAGUGUUUGAUAUUAAUAAAGGAAAUGAAGACGAUCUCUUCACUAUUGAGACAGACCCUAAAACGAAUGAGGGAAUUCUAAAACUUGUCAAGCCUGUUGAUUUUGAAAAGAUCAAAGCAUUGGACCUCAGCUUGGUUAUAUCAAAUGUUGCCCCUUUUAUAAAUGGAAGUGCUUUAGAGCUGGACGUUAAUCUGGACAGGGAUGGAGUAGGGCCUGGAGCGGGCAUGGGAGCAGGGGCCGGGAUGGGAACAGGAUUGGGAGUGGGGUUAGGAGUAGGGUUAGAUGUGGGAGUGGAUGCUGGACUGGAUGCUGGACUGGAUGCAGGACUGGAUGCAGGACUGGAUGCAGGACUGGAUUUGGGUGCUGGACUGGAUGCUGGAUUGGGUCUGGGUGCUGGAGUGGAUGCAGGUGGUAAUACUGGACUUAAACCUGAUGGUAAGCCUGGAGCCAAACCUGGCCCCUCACCUGGUGUUAAACCUGGGUCUAAACCAGGAACAAAACCUGGCACUAAACCUUCAGGCAAACCUGGAUCUGAGCCUGUUAAAAAACCAGCUGGGAAAGGUUACCCAGUUAAGAUCAGUGUAAACAACCUACCCGAUGGCCCUAUCUUCUCACCUUCUUUAAAAGACUUUCCAGUGUCAGAAGAUACAGAUAAUGAAGAUUUCCCAAUAGUGCUGGGCACCUUCGCUGCUUUGGAUGGCGAUACUGGAGAACCAGCUGAAAAUGUGAGGUAUGCUAAAGGUCAUGAUCCCGAUAACUGGUUAACCAUUGAUGAGGAAACUGCCGAGAUUAAACUGACGAAGGUUCCUGAUCGAGAAUCAAAGUUUUUGGUAAAUGGAACCUACUUGGCAAAGAUUAUCUGCAUGACUCAAGACGUGCCAUCUAAGACAGCUACUGGGACAAUAGCAUUAAAAGUGGAGGACUCAAAUGACCACUGCCCCACACUGACCAGCACCCAUCAUCAAACUUGCGAAAAUAAUAAAGUGAUAAAUGUCACGGCUUUCGAUGAGGACGCUGAUCCAAACGGUGCACCUUACCAGUUCGUUCUGAUAGAAGAGGAGAGCAUGGGAAAAUGGGAGAUGGUGCCUAUAAACGGAACAACUAUGAGCUUUCAAGCACAGGAGGCUUUGUGGAAAGGCAUCUAUGAGCUGACAGUGAAGAUCUCUGAUGCUCAGGGUCUGUCCUGUCCAGACAACCAAAAGUUUGAGGUCGAAGUGUGCACCUGUGAUAAAAAGGGCUCAUGUGGGCCGAGGCUAGCCGCACAACGUGGUUUCCCGUUAAAAAUAGGAGCACCAGCCAUUGGCUUGUUCCUCAGCGGCGCAGCUUUGCUCCUGUUGGUACCUUUCUUACUGAUCUUCUGUCAGUGUGGGUCCGUGAGCAAGUUCACAGAUUUGCCCUUUGACGCUAAAGAAUAUCUUAUUUCAUAUCACACUGAAGGCAUAGGGGAGGACAAGGAGGUUCCUCUUCUCAACAGCCCUGUUGCUACAAUAGACGAAAAACAACUGAUCCAGGAUGUCAAGGUUUCCAACACAGUAUCCACAAUGGCCUUUCAAGCUGGUGUUGGUAAUGCCAGCAGAAUGUUCAACCAUGAAAUAAACGAUAGGUUUACAGAAGCUGACAGCAGGUUUGGGUACCGGAAAAACACCCUUUCAAAGGCCAAACAGCGCAACAGUGUUCUCUAUUCUGCAUCAUUCGUACAUGAAAAACAGGACAUUUAUCAGGAUAUGGCAGUGGGAGAUGAGUUCCUGAAUGAAUACUACUCUCAGAAAGCAAGCUGUGCUGCUGCAAACGCUCCCCUGACAGACGGUCUUCUGGAGUACGAGUACGAGGGUCAAGGCACCCCUGCUGGCUCUGUUGGAUGUUGCAGCCUCGAGUCUGACGAUGACCUGGAGUUCCUUAACAAUCUGGGGUCAAAGUUCCUUACAUUAGCGGAGAUAUGCCAUCCUCCAAAGCCUUGCCUACCCCCUCCGAAUACUGAGCAAGUAGUCAAAUCAGAUGAAACCAGCUACAAAAGCGAGAGCUCUGUCAGCACUAGCACCAUCCAGGUUACCAAAAAGACUCAACCUCCACAACAGGUACAACAAAGCUACGUUACCAAAUUUGAGACGGUUAAUAAAUCAGCCACGCUUCCAAGUGCCAAAGCAAGCCAUACACUAUUCGUGCAACAGCAGCCUGUAUUCUACCUGGUGGAGCAGCAAAUGCCAAACACAGUUUUUGUUGAGAGUCCCACUCAGAGUUUGUACGUAAUCGAUGGCAACCCUGGGAUGGAAGGUUUGAUGCCCCAAGGCAGAAACGAUUCACAGGCGACUCUGAGCCGAGGACAGCAGGCAAUGUACGUGAUAAAUGGAGCGCCUGUAACGGAUGUACAGGAACAUGAGGCAGUGCUGGGAUUUAGCCCCGUCUCAUCUACCAUCGGAGCGCCUGGAGGUGUACUGCUAAUGCAGACCCAUUUUCAUGAGAAAGCAGAGCAAAGGGAAACCGGAAGAGCAGCAUUGUUGCUUGCUGAUGUUCCAGCCCUGGCCAAAAAACAUAAUAAGAAAACACCAGCUGAGCCGCUAGGUAUUAAAGUAGUGGAGGCCAAACUAAAAGAUCCUGCGUCAUCUAAAUAGAUAUAAGGGACAUCCAAUAAGACAAGCAUCUAUGACAGAGUCCAAAAUUAAGCCCCAUUCGAGAAAAAUUGGUCGAUAGAUAGAUAGAUCACUUAGAUCAAAUCACAUUUGAUCCUGAAGCAAAAGGCUGCUUCUUACUCAGAGAAAAUGUAACUCACUUUCACUCACUGAAAGAUCAUUUCUUGCACUGUUCAGUCUGUCCGAGAGAAGGGUGUGUCUAUGCAGAGACCAUCUGGACAUUUGGCCCUGAGGUUCAUCGGCAUUCACAUUGACACACGUGCAUGUGGCCAGAUGUUCUGACAGCUGAUGGAGGAAUCGUUUGAGGGACAGUGAACAGUAAAGAACACUAUGUGUGUGAGCUAAGUGUUACAGAUAGAGAAGAAACUGUACAAUAAGUACAUAGGAAAAGUAAGAAAUCCUCAACACAAUUUUAACACAAGCUCACCCAUGAUGUGAGGGUUUGAAAUUUGACUUUCCCAGAUGACAAAAAAUAUGUUCUAAGAAUGUUUUGCUAACAUUUUUCAUGAAGUUGCUGUGCUCUGAAUGUUUAAAUUUAAAUAAAAAAAGCAAACAAACAAACAAACAAAUAUUCUUGGUUUUGCAAACAUUAAGGAAAUGUUCAAUUUGAUUAUUCUUCAAAUAUUAUGGGAACAUAACUUUUGAAUGUUCUCUAUAAUUUUUUUUUACUAUAAACAAAAUAGCAAAGGUCCAAAGAUUUUUGGUAAGACUAAAGGUGGUGGUAACUAACAGCGGGAAAAUACUAAACUUUCUCUUUUUUAUCAACUUCCAAAAUGUAUGCUUGUACAAAGUGACUGCUCUGUUUUCUCUUUAAUUUUAUACUAAUAAUAGUAGUGAUUCUGUUGAUUAUCCAGUGCAUGGAUUGUCUUUUAUUAUUGGAGUUUCCAACAAUAGUCUUUAAUAAAGUCCUUUAAUGCUCCAG